UGCGAGACCCUUCGCUGUUCCUUCGCUGCGUUCUCCGCUCCGCGCGCUCUCCCGUUGCAGCUAUCGAACGUUAUCGAAGUGUAUCGCAAGUGAUUGAGGAGAUCGAUCCUGUGAGCGAUCGGUUCAUUUUGGAUUUGUGUGAUCGAUCGCCCGAAAUAUGCCAGGCCAAUCGUUUAUGUGGAUGGUUUUCUUUUUUUUGUUUUGAGUGUGCUCCAGCUUCAGAGCGGCUCUCUGAGCGGCGCCCAAAGGAAAGAUCGAAAGUUGAGUACAGUGAAGAGAGAGAGAGAGAGAGAGAUCUUGCAGAGAGAGAUAAAGAGUUCUGUGUCAAAGAUAAUUAUUAUCGAUCUAUCCAAUCGUUCCAACUGUUCAUCAUCACACCAGCAGCUGUCGAUCCCUCGAUACGUGCACUCCGGUGCACACACAGCGGAAGCCAGCGGCACCAUCCACGGUCUUCAAAAGGCAAUUUGCUUGAAUUCCAACCGACGGUGCAAUUAACAGAAGACAAAAUUGUGCGAUUAAAAAAAGUGCAGGCUCACGCUCAGGGGCAACUGGAGCAGUUUGAGCAGCAGCAGCCACAUCCAGAACAGCCGCAGCCGCAGCCGCAGCCGCAGCCGCAGCAGCACCACUUGCAACAGCAGCCGCAGCAGCAGUUACACCAACACUAUAAUCACAACAACCACUUUAAUAACACCAAUAGCAACACCAACAACAAUCACUUUAACAGCCCCAACAGCAACACCAACAACAACUACAAAAUGCAUCUAACAACAACCACCACCAAUUCGACGGCAUCCAAUGCCAACAACAACAACAGCAAUUCGACAACAAACAACAAUAACAAUUCCACAACAAACAACAACAAUAACAGUUCAACAACGAACAACAACACGAGUAACACCAAUGGCACCAACAACACCAACACGAACAACAACAACACGGAGCAGAACACACCACCCACACCCGCCCAAUUAUUGAACGAGGCAUACACGAAAAUGACCUCGGACAUCCUGGCCGAACGGACCCUCGGUGACUUCCUCACCGAACACCCCGGCGAGCUGAUCCGCACGAGCAGUCCGCUGUUCGUCUGCACCGUCCUACCGCCGCACUGGCGGUCCAACAAGACACUGCCGGUGGCCUUCAAGGUGGUGUCGCUGGGCGAUAUCAUGGACGGCACCAUGGUCACGGUGCGGGCCGGCAACGAUGAGAACUACUGCGCCGAGCUGCGCAACUGCACGGCGGUGAUGAAGAACCAGGUGGCCAAGUUCAAUGAUCUCCGGUUUGUGGGCAGGAGUGGCAGAGGGAAAAGCUUCACGCUCACCAUCACCGUGUCAACGAAUCCACCGCAUAUAGCCACCUACAACAAGGCGAUCAAAGUGACUGUCGACGGGCCACGCGAGCCCCGCUCCAAGACAAUGCUAUCCCUUUUAGGACAACAACAGCAGUUCCACUUUGCUUUCGGCCAGCGACCAUUCCACUUCUCAACGGAUCCCCUAUCCGGCUUCCGUAUGCCGCCCAUUGGCAACUGUCAGAGUGCCAGCAACACGCACUGGGGCUAUGGAUCCGCAGCAUCUGCCUACUCCCCGUACUUGGCCAGCAGCGGGCUCUCCUCCUGCACCACCCCCACAUCGGCACAGUUCAACAAUCCGGCGCUGGGAUUCACCUGCUCCUCGAACGAUCAGAGCAACAAUCAGGACUUUGGCGGCGCCACCAAUCGCGACUGUGUGCCAAUGCUACCCGAUUCGACGGCCAGUGAUCUGGACCAGCAUCUGAGCAGCCUCGUUGGCUCCACCAGUGGCCAGAUGACGCACCACAGCCUCCUGGGCGCCACCGGGCAAACGUCCAUCUCCUCGACCGUGAACGGAGCGAGUGCCGGCAGUGCUGGCACCGGCGGCACUGGCGCUGGGGGAGCUGGCAGCGGCGGAGCCGGAGGCAACUCGAUCCUGGUGCCGCGCUACCACACCAAUGCCAGCAACGACUACAACGUCCACUCCAGCCAGAACGGGCCGCGCAGCCUGAGCGACAGCUCCCAGGCCGAGUCGCCGGUGCAGGAGGAUCUGCUCUCAACGAACACCCCCAAUCUGGGCAGCGGCACCGGUGGCGGCGGCGGCACAGCCAACGGCGGGGCGGCCAACGGCGGUGCGGGAGCGGCAGUAGCGGGCGCGGGCAGUGCCUCCGCGGCGGGUGCCGCCGCCGCUGUGGGCGUGGGCAAUCCAGCCAUGCUCGGCGCCAAUCAAAACUUCCCGGGCAUCGUGAACCAGGCGCAGCACGCCUCGGCCUCGGCCUACGGCGGCGGGGCUGGAGUGGGUGGCGGACACGGCAGUGCCGCGGCAGCAGCGGCCGGAUGCAAUGGAUCGCUGUACCCGGUCCUGCCCGCCAGCCUCCUCUACUCGCAGCUGUACACGGCGGCCAAUCAGUCGGCCCACGGCUUCCACUCGCACACGUUGCCGGCCCACGCCUCGCCCAACUCUUCGGUGCAUGGGGAGCUCCAGAGCGUGAUGGAUCACAUCAGCAAUGUGGGGGUGCGCCAGCAGCACAACAUCAUGGCCGGCGGGGGUGUGACCCAUCCGGGCGACCUCACGCUGAUCGGCAACUGCGGGGCGUCGGUGAGGAAUAUCGAGGACGGUAACAGCAAUCGUCAGGUGGCCGCCUUAGCUGCCCAUCGCGGCCACCACAAUCCCACUGACAAUGGGGGCAGCGUGUGGAGGCCAUAUUGAGGUCAGGUUCUGUGGUGCGGCUCUGCGGUUCUAUAGUGCGAGGGGCGCGCAGCGGAGACGCAGCACGAGGAGCAGGGGUAUGGGUACGGAUACGGGUAUGGGUAUGGGUAUGGGGAAGGUCUUGGUCAUGGUCUGGGUCUGGGCGUGGGUGUGGGUAUGGGUAUGGGUCUCGGAAAUGGCUGCCUCGGUGGCUUCUGAUUGUACAUACGAGUACAUAUGUGUUGAACACACGAUGGAAUCUUUCUGUACAUAAUGUUUUUUUAACCCAAACACUGACACACACACACACACGCACACAUAACACCACAUAUAUAUAUAUAUAUUUAUAUAUAUAUAAAUACAUACAAUGAAAAUGAUCAACUUUUAGUAGAAUUUGUUGGAGAUCUCCAUGGAUCUCUAGAAUACUCGUAUUAUAGUUAAAUAAAAACAAGGAAAAUAAAAAGAAAACUAAGCCAGAACUACUUAGCAAAAUGAAGGAGAAGGAAAGGAGUUGGAGCAGGAGCAGGAGAGGGAGACGGAGUGCAAGAGCUAGGGAAAAUGUUUCGGAGUCUUGCCAAAGGAUUUCUCCUUCAGCCGGAACAUUUUCCUUCACAAUUUUAAAAUUCGAAACGAAAUGAAACGUAAGAGAAAUCUUAGAAUCUUAAGCAGCAUUGGGUCUGUAAUGUGUUUUUUUUUUUUAGUAUUUUUUUUUUUAUCAGGCCCGUGGUAUGCCCGAGCCAUAAAACUAGUCAUAUAUAUAGAUGCGAUAAGGAACAUAUACCAAAAAAAAAUAUGAGAGAAUACCAAAAAGAAUACAGAUAAUACCAGAAGAAUACUUAGCAACUUUAAACUAGUGUUAAAGCAAAUUGUAAACCCAGCAGCCAGCCCUUCGUUGAGUUAGUAUUAUUGCCUCGUUUCUGUAAAAUAUGAAUGAUCGUCGGAUCGGGUUGGAUAGGAAAAAGAUGGGGAUGGGGCUGGGAUUGGAAGGUGGAAUGGGUAUCUAUGGGCUUCGUUUUGGGGUAGCGGGGGAUUGUAGAGCCGAUGUAUGUCUGAGUUCCUAAGCCGUAAUCCAUGUUCGUGAAUUUGUUUACUGUUCAUUUCAUGUGCUUCGAUAUGCGUGCACUUUAAAUGUGUAUAAAUAUGUGCAUUCUAAGCUUAACUAUAAAUAUAAUCCUAAAUAUACGAAUACGAAUACGAGUAUGUGCUAUAUCCAUGUAUAUGUAUAUGUAUAUGUAUCACGAUAUCUGUAUACUACUUAGCCGCAACAGUCUACGACACUUGAGAACUCAAAUUGUAAUUCGUUUUUUUUUUUUGCUAGCUCCUAAGUGGAAACAGGAAAAUUCCAUAACACAUCUUUUGCGGGGGCUCCGGUUAAGGAACGGAACGGAACGGAACCCCCAGUCCAGAAGAAAAGAAUCAUUAUACGAAUUAUUAUGUACUAUGCAAUGGAAAAUAGUGUUAAGCGAUCGGUUAGAGAUGUCCAAAACAGCACAUUCUUUAAAAAUACAUAUAUACAUAUAGGUAUAUACCAUAUAUAUAUGUGUACUGCAUAUGUAUUACCUAAUAGAAUCGAAGUAAAUAUUUAAUUGAUGUAUAACACGGGAAAGAGCAACAGAACAGAAACAGAAAUCCAAAUCGAUAGAAAAUACUGAAAAUAGCUACUGUAUGUGUAUAAUGUAGCAACGAUGCAAAGAUCUCGCCUACAUAUAUUAUACAUAGUACAUUAAAAUAAAAUAAAAGAGAAUUUUGUGCAGAAACCCAAACAAAACAAAAAAUACAAAAAAAAAAAUGAAAAGAAAUUAUUUCUUUUUAAUAAGAAUAAAUAAAUGUAAUUACAAAGUUUAUUUGAGAAAUUAACGAAAUCGAAUCAGAGGUCG